ACGAUGAAAUUAUACAAAUAAUUACUAUAAAACAAAUGAAAAGAUCACGGUAUCACGAUGAAAUAAUAAAACGUAAAAAGACAAUGAACAUCUAGUCACCAAUUUUGAAGUCUGUAUCAAACACACAAUAUUCCGGCUGUCUUCUGCAACCUUACUCCACCGAUCGAAUCAUCAUUUAUCCAUAUUCACUAUGAGCUGGUGGUGGGCAGGAGCUAUCGGAGCUGCAAAGAAAAAACUAGAUGAUGAGGAUGCACCACCCAAGUACCAGAGCGUUGCUCUAAUCAUUGGAGUCACCGGAAUCGUUGGCAACAGCCUCGCGGAAAUCCUCCCGCUGUCCGACACACCGGGCGGGCCAUGGAAGGUCUACGGAGUAGCACGCCGCCCGCAGCCCCAAUGGAACUCGGACCACCCAAUCGAGUACAUCCAGUGUGACGUCUCAGAUCCUGAUGAAACCCUAACCAAGCUCGGGUGUCUCCAAGACGUUACACAUCUGUUCUACGUCACGUGGGCCAACCAAGCCACGGAAUCUGAGAACUGUGAAAUCAAUGGUAAAAUGUUUCAAAAUGUUCUGGAUGCGGUGAUCCCGGAUUCUCCCAGUUUGCAACACAUUUGUCUGCAAACUGGGAAGAAACAUUAUUGGGGUCCUUUUGAAUUGUACGGGAAAGCAUCUCAUGAUACCCCAUAUCAUGAGGAUCUACCUCGACUUGAUGUACCGAAUUUUUAUUAUACCCUGGAGGAUAUUUUGUUCGAAUCGGUUGGACGAAAGGAAGGGUUAACUUGGUCUAUUCAUAGACCGGGGUUGAUCUUUGGGUUUUCGCCGUAUAGUUUGAUGAAUUUGAUCGGUGCAUUAUGCGUUUACGCUACAAUCUGCAAACAUGAAGGAGUUCCGUUGAAAUUUCCAGGGACUAAAGAAGCCUGGGAGAGUUACCACGAUUGUUCUGAUGCCGACUUGAUAGCUGAACAACAUAUCUGGGCCGCGGUCGAACCGCACGCAAAGAAUGAAGCGUUUAACAUCAGCAAUGGAGACGUGUUCAAAUGGAAGCACCUUUGGAAGGUGUUGGCUGAGCAAUUCGAGGUUGAGAAUGGCGGGUUUGAUGAAGGUGGAGAGAGGGUGAGCUUGGUGGAGAUGAUGAAGGAUAAAGGGGGUGUUUGGGAUGAGAUUGUGAGAGAGAAGGGAUUGGUGUCUACCAAACUUGAAGAGGUUGCAGCAUGGUGGUUUGCGGAUGGAAUGCUUGGAAUUGAGGGUGUGUUGGACACUAUGAAUAAGAGUAAAGAACAUGGGUUUUUCGGGUUUAGGAAUUCGAAAUCUUCGCUUGUUUCUUGGAUUGAAAAGAUGAAAGGUUACAAGAUUGUUCCUUAAGUUCAACCCAAUGUUUUCAUGACCGGACCGGAGGUUAUAUGUUUAUUGCUUUUUAUAUGUUUUGAUCUUUGCAUGUGUAAGAAGAACAAAUAAAAUGAUUUAAUUAUUUGAGUUCUACAGAUUGUAUGUG